AUGUCAGUGACUAGUGAGACUAGUAGUACAACCAGCGAAUCAUCUUCCCCGACUGGAAAAUACGAAGAGGAAUCUAAUCGAAACACGAAACAUCAAAUCGAACCUGAAUCAUUAACAAGAAAACGAAAGUAUGUGCUGAUCUCUCGUACAAUUAUUCCAUUUGGACAGUCAACGCAUACAAGGAAUUUCGGAAGGUCAGCUACAAACAAUCAAGUGAUGAACUAUUCAAACGUUCGAACGCCGCCGUAUAAAAUAAGUCAUCGCCUUUGUCUUGUUUGUAACUGCAUAAAAUCUACUUCUGAAAUUGCUAUUCUCACAGAUGAGAUCGAAAAAAUAUUCAUAGUUCUCUCAGCAAUUUUCCGUCGGCAGCUCGAAAUUUCGAAGGCGAACAGCGCCUACAAACAAUCACCAUUUUUCACAUGCUCAUCACACUUUUCGGAAACUUCUUCAGAAAUUUUAAGAAUGUUCGGAGUUGGAAGUGCAGCUGCCAUAUUCAAAGCACGCCCACGCAAACGUGAACAAGUUGAAAAGUUGGUCGCCUACAUCACAAGAAGUUCUGUGAGAGAGACAAGAUUGUUGCAAUAUGCCUAUGCGUUCAUGUUGAAUCAUCCGGAAGCUACUGCAGUAAUCGGACCCGUGAUUAAAGAAGAAGAUAUUCCUAUCGAUGAGACAGUAGAAUGCAAAGCAAUCGCCAAAGUGGAUACGAUUGUGCCAAAAUGUUUUCGCCAACCAAGAAAACAAAGAUUUGAUGAUGAAGAAUCAGGAUCAUCUUCAAUGCUUCGAAUUAUUAGAAGAGAACCACUUCAUCUUCCUACGGACGAAGUUUAUACUCCCUUAGUGCCUCUCCGAAAACCAUUAAAAUGCUGUUACUGCCUCGAAGUUAAUGAAAAGGAACUUAUGCUCAAUGUUCCGAAAACUCGACAACGAAUUGUUUCUUGGGUGAAACAUUUAGGAGAAAGAUUUGGAGAACGUCUGAAAGAGAAUUCUCUUAACUUUAUGUGCCGAAAACAUUUCUCGUCGUUGGAUUUCAGUUCACGUGGAAGACUCCUGAAAGAUGCACUUCCAAAUUUCGUACCGCAAGAAGAAGUGCAUACAUACAAAAUUUAUGGAAACGAAUUCAUUAGAGUUCCUGAUGAUAAUUUCGUUCACGAACGCGAAGAAACUUCCGAUAUAGAUAUUGAAAACUGA